AUGUCGACAUCGCAAGCGGAUCUAACGCAGUAUCCGCGCGUCACGCCUCCCCAAAGUAUAGCCGACCAGCCUUUGACGCCACCAAAGACGGACAAGAAGGCAAUCGCGGGAGCGCUCCGCAUAGAGUUUAGGCUUGUAGAAGGAGAGUACGGCCUCAUAGAGAAGACGCUCCAGCAGGACAAUGUACUUUCGGGUUACGUGCAAGACAAGAUACGGUCUGUGAACUUUAGAUACUACGAGUGGUUGUUGGUUUGGAUAUUUCCUACAGCACGGAGUCGUGCAAAGCAACGUUGUCGAUAUGGCGGCCCGAAAUAUUCGAUGAGCCUGAGCGGACCUGAAUUGCAAGCUGUGGGUGUGGUCUUGGAUGAGGCUUUCCGCGACGACGAAGGAAAUGCUGUGGAUCAUCCAGGCAUAUGUCUCCGUCUCAGCGAUUUCACUUGCGAGAGACUUGCACGAGGGGAAAUGGGAGAUGAAGAUGAGGACGUUGGCAUAUCGGAGAGCAAAUUACGACGAGCACUGCGCACGGAGCCUUUGGGUAAUCAUGCUAAGAAGCAGGAACGAUCAGAAACACCUCCAGAGGAGGUUACUCCGGGAGAUGAAGCAGGACACGCCAAGGAAGAGGAGAGAGCAUCGAAGCGCGCGGAUCUUGAUUGGAUUAUCAGGACAGAGCAUCAACUCAGAGCUUCUCAGACUAGGUUGUUGUCUAUGGAGAAACUGCUUUACAGUAACGCUCGAGCAAACUGCAACUAUGCUUUCUGCCCCGACUGUAUCUCUCGACGUCGUGAUGCCCUAUGCAUCUCUAGUUGCUCCGUCGUGCCUCUGCCGUCGAUCGCCUUCCCAGUAUCAUCUCUGAACCCGUAA